CUCAUUUCUCUUCCAUCGUCCACUGAAAGAAAGCCGAGAGCGUACUUAAGUCUUAAACCGAGUUCAUUUCUACCUUCCGUCUCCCUGAUUUUCUUGGCCGGCGGCUACUGUGCCACGCCGGAAAAUACGCUCCUCGCCGGAAAUUAUAGAGUUUCUUAUCUUCGGUUGCGUUGCAGAUACGGUCUGGGCACUCUGACCGUAUCUGAUUUCCCCAAGCAAAAGCGACUUUACUUGGCUGAGUUUCGAAGUUAUUCUAUAUUCUGUUUAAAAAUAAGGAGAAAAACUACAUUAUAAUUAUUAGGGAAUAGGUUUCUGAUUUUUAGAUAUCUCAAAUUUGUCCGAGUACAUUUAAUUUUUGGGGGCAAAACUCUGGAUUUGUGUGUCGAUUUUAUUUUCUGAUAAUCUGUAAUCAGAUACGCUUCAGAGUCGUCGAUGGCGAAUUCAAACGAACUGUAGGUUGUGGAAGUCGCAUUUUCCGUCUGCUACCAUAAUACUGUUUUGCUUAUUUUUCUGUAAACACACUUGUCCGUUCUCGAAUCUUGAAUUAACCGAAGGAAUUGAAGAUUACGAGCUUCAAUUUUGGAAAAUGGUGAAGUUAAUAGUUGUUGAGAUCUGAGUAUCUGAGAGGUGCUUAAAUUUUCUCGGAAGAGCUUACGGCUUCUCUGAUCAUGCCAUUUCAAAUGAAGAUCCAGCCAAUCGAUUUCGACAGUGCCGAAGAAGCAGCUCGGUUAGAGCUGGUUAAGCCGGCCGUGAAGUCGUCGAAGUUGAAGCGACUAUUUGAAAAACAGUUCCAUAACGUACUGAGGAAUUCGGCAGAGAAGGCAAACUUUGAAGAAUUGAAUGUUAACAAAGACAGCUCCGACUGCUUCUCUGUGUUGGAGCCUAGCUCUAUUUGCUUGGCGAAGAUGGUCCAGAAUUUCAUAGAGGACAACAAUGAGAAACAAUUCAGUGCGUCUAGGUGUGGUCGUAGUCGCUGCAACUGCUUCAAUGGAAACUAUACGGACAGCUCCGAAGAGGAAUUGGAUUCACAUGGUGGUUUUGGCGAUGCCAAAUUUUCUUCCGGUGGUGAGGCUUGGGAACUUCUGAAGAGCUUAAUUCCUUGUACGAGUGUUCACGAGAGGAAUUUAUUAGCAGACACGGCCAGGAUCGUGGAGAAGAACAAGGUCUGCAAGCGCAAAGACAACUUAGCAAGACAGAUUGUUACUAAUGGAUUGCUGGCUCUCGGAUACGACGCUUCCAUCUGCAAAUCUCACUGGGAAAAGUCCCCCUCAUAUCCGGCUGGGGAUUACGAAUACGUUGACGUGAUUAUCGAAGGAGAACGCUUACUGAUAGACGUCGACUUCCGAUCAGAAUUUGAAAUUGCGCGGUCAACCAAAAGUUACAGAACAAUCCUCCAACUUGUUCCUUUUAUCUACGUCGGCAAGCCUGGUCGGCUCCAGAGGAUCGUAUCCGUCGUAUCAGAGGCUGCAAAACAGAGCUUAAAAAAGAAGGGGAUGCCUGUUCCCCCAUGGCGAAAAGCCGAGUAUGUCAAAGCGAAGUGGCUCUCUCCUCAUAUUCGUGCGUCAUCCUUGUCGAUUUUGGGUCCAAAUUCUGAGUCAAAGCAACCCCUUGAAAACUUCCAACUUGAGCCCCGUCAAGUGGCCGAGAAAUCGGUGGAUCGUAACGAGUUUGGAGAGGUAGACUUGGGGCCAUCGGUAACCAUUGGUGUUGAGGAGGACACUGUGAAAGAAUGGAAGCCUCCGGAGGUUAAGCCAAAAAGCUCAUCGCUUGGGGCUAGAAAUCUUAAGAUCGUAACUGGUUUGGCAUCGGUUAUUGAAGACGAGCCAUGAAAUUUUUUGUUUUGUUUCUUCUCUCCUUCUUUGGUUUUUGACUACCGUAUAAACAAAUAGUUAUAUACAACCUAUGUAUGGUGUUAACCUUCAAAUCCCCUUCUGGUUUUUGUGUAAGGGUUUGGAUAUUACUCAAAUCAAUAAAAUUUGAAAACAUGAAUAGUUAACAGCUA